UACGCAGGCGCAAACUUCUUCGAUUAGUUGAAAAAAUAGUAUUAUAAAGUUGUAUAUACAAUUACUUCUUCAUUAUUUUAAGAAAUCUGUUGUUUUGUUUAAACUUAAAUAACCAUACUUGUAACUUAUCAAAAUAUUUAAAAGGAAAGAAAUGGAAGACCAAGAAGGAAACUUUCCUGCCCAGUGGGCACUUGAUCUUAUACGAGGGCCAACUAAUUACAAAGAAUCACUUGUUACUAAAUAUGUAACAGAAGUAACAUCUACUUUGACCGGCGUCGGUGCAAUGUUUGUUAAAAAUUAUUUGUCAAAUAGGCCUUAUUAUGCUUCAAUACACUGGACUAUUGGUCUUGGCAUUCUGGGUUUUAUAGGAGGAAGAACUCUUGUGAAUAUUAUGGAUCUACGAUAUGCAAAACGUGAUGCAAUGAUGGUAGAUUAUAUAAAACAGCAUCCAGAACGUUUCCCUGCACCCCGAAAUAAAAAAUUUGCAGAAAUAAUUGAACCAUGGUAUCCAAUACGAUAAGUCAUUGUGAGUAAUGUAAUGUAAUUAUCAUAAUAUUUGGAUUUUUAAUUGUAAUAGUGAGAAUGAAAGCAAAAUAUAUAGUCAAUUAUACUUUAAUAAAGUAUAUCAUAAUUUCA